AUGGAAGAGGCCAGUCAAGACCUAUCCAUCUCACGGAUAGCUAUAGCGGCAAAAGGCAACUUUUUCUGUACGGGAAUGGAUCUCGGAACGAGUAGGACCCCAGUUGGCCAAGGAGGUCAUGCUAGAGACGCACAAUUUGAGCGCCUCACAAAGCUUUUCGAGGCUAUCGAUCGAUCACCCAAAGUGACCAUCGCAUGCAUCAAUGGACCGGUAUUCGGAGGCGGAGUCGGCUUAGCGUUCGCCUGCGACAUUCGAAUGUGUGCCAGAAAUGCCACAGUGACCCUGAGCGAAGGCAAGCUGGGGCUUUGUCCCGCCACUAUUUCCAAGUACGUGAUCCGUGAAUGGGGAAUCUCGUUUGCUCGAGCGGCCAUGCUUUCGGCUCGUCUAGUGUUGGCGGGUGAGCUCAAAUCCAUGGGUCUGGUGACCGAGGUUGCAGAUAACCAAGAACAUUUAGACAACAUCCUCAAUCUCCUACUGCUCCGCCUCAAGGCAGUGUCUCCGGAUGCUUCCCGCAUGUCCAAGGAAUUGGUUCGACUGGCCUGGUCCAACCCUGGGAACGAAGAACAGGCCCUCGGGAUUCGGUCUGUGUUCGAAGAAAUGAUGCGACCUGGGAUCAUAGAAUACAAGUGA